UGGGAACGUGAUGCCCACCUCCCUGGCUGUUUGGAGGAUGUAAUGAGAUAAUGUGUGAAACAAUUUAUCGUAGCCCCUGGCCAUUAAUAAAUGUUUGUCUCCUCUUCCUGCCCCCGCAUCGGGGUGCACAGCUCCCCUCCUCGGGAGGCCCUCUGCCUCCCUCCGAACUACCCAGCGCGAGCUUAUACCCCUUAUCGCCGUGGGCUUGCCGGGUUUUGCCAUACCUGUCAGAAGAAAGAGGGCAGCUAGCUGCCUCAGCUCCGGGGUGGAGGAGCAGAAACUACAGCUCCCAGCCCUCGUUGCGCUGCCACUGGGGCCCGGGAGCUGCGGGCAGCAGGCUCCGCCUCCGGGGCGGAGCCUACCCAGGGGGCGGAGUUAGGAGGUGGUUGGAGAGUUAAGCCAAGCCAAUGAGACCAGCUGCUAAUAAGUGGGCUUGGCUUACAAUGUAACAGUGGCAGGAGGAGGAGAGCAGAGCUGUAGAGCCAGCGAGGAGUGAAGCUGAGCUGGCCUCACAAGCUCCUGGAGGACCACCUCCUGAGACAGAGUUCUUUUCUCCCCUCUUCUUGCUCCAAGCUCCCCUUCUGCACUCCCUCUCUGCCCUGUGCAAUGCAUUCUUGAGUGGCAGCAUUUGGACACCAGGCAGCCCCAGAGAACCGAAGCAAGCCAGAGAGAGGACUGGAGCCAAGACACUCUGGUGGGGGAGCUUGGAUGCCUGGCUUUCUUUGAGGACAUCUUUGGAGCGAGGGUGGCUUUGGGGUGGGGGGUUUUGCUGCAGGGAAUCCAGCCAGGCCCCAAGAUGGACACUUCUGGGCACUUCCAUGACUCGGGGGUGGGGGACCUGGAUGAAGACCCCAAGUGCCCCUGCCCAUCGUCUGGGGAUGAGCAGCAGCAGCAGCAGCAGCAGCAACAGCAGCAGCAGCAGCAGCAGCAGCAGCAGCCACCACCACCGCCAGCGCCACCAGCAACCCCCCAGCAGCCCCCGGGACCCCCGCUGCAGCCUCAGCCUCCGCAGCUGCCGCAGCAGCAGCAGCAGCAGCCACCGCAUCCCCUGUCUCAACUCCAGAGCCAGCCUGUCCACCCUGGCCUUCUGCACUCCUCUCCCACCGCCUUCAGGGCCCCCUCUUCGUACAACUCCACCGCCAUCCUCCACCCUUCCUCCAGGCAAGGCAGCCAGCUCAAUCUCAAUGACCACUUGCUUGGCCACUCUCCAAGUUCCACAGCUACAAGUGGGCCUGGCGGAGGCAGCCGGCACCGGCAGGCCAGCCCCCUGGUGCACCGGCGGGACAGCAACCCCUUCACGGAGAUCGCCAUGAGCUCCUGCAAGUACAGUGGUGGGGUCAUGAAGCCCCUCAGCCGCCUCAGCGCCUCCAGGAGGAACCUCAUUGAGGCCGAGCCGGAGGGCCAGCCCCUCCAGCUCUUCAGCCCCAGCAACCCCCCUGAGAUCGUCAUCUCCUCCAGGGAGGACAACCAUGCACACCAAACCUUGCUCCAUCACCCCAACGCCACCCACAACCACCAGCACGCCGGCACCACCGCCAGCAGCACCACCUUCCCCAAAGCCAACAAGCGGAAAAACCAAAACAUUGGCUAUAAGCUGGGACACAGGAGGGCCCUGUUUGAAAAGAGAAAGCGACUGAGUGACUAUGCUCUGAUUUUUGGGAUGUUUGGAAUUGUUGUUAUGGUGAUAGAGACUGAGCUUUCUUGGGGUUUGUACUCAAAGGUAGGGGCUGCAGUUUCUCUUUAUACCUUGAACAAAAGGCAUAUGUAGGUAGUGAGAGAAUGAGAGAGAAUGAGAGAGAGAGAGAGAGGUGGUGGGUAGAGGCGUUUGCUCAAUUCUAUAGAACACUCUAACUUCCCAUGGUUUUCCUUCUUAAUCCUGGGAGAAUUCAUUCCUCGCUUUCUUUGGGGGGGACAUCCCCAUCCGCUGUGUCUAAUUUGCAGACUCUGUGUUAGGGAGGAUUAAAGAAUCCCUUCUGAGAAAUCAUUUUUCCUCCUUGCUCACUCGUACUAAAGCAUAACCCAGCAGCUUAACGCACCAAUUAAUUACACUCUGCCUUGAUGU